UUUAUGAACCAUAGUAGAAACUCCAAUGCAAUAACUGUUAGCUGGCCUACAGCUAGAAGUCUUCUGGACGGAUACAUUAUUUCAAUAUCCAGUGGAAUCUUAAUGAGAGAGGAAACCCUGCCUUCCACAAAAAGGACAUUCACAUUUAAUAGCCUUUCUUCAGGGACUGACUUUUUAAUUAGUGUUAUAACUACCAAGGGACUGAAAAGAAGCCAUCCCACUGUCCUCAUUGUUAGCACUUAUCCAGACCCACCAUCUGAUUUGCUGAUUUUGGGGCAGGAAGAGAACACAAUAUAUUUGUCUUGGAAACUUCCACAAGGAGGCUUUGAAAAGUUUCAGGUAAAGAACAGUGCUGCUAUCAUACAACCUUGAUGUUUAGUAGGGUC